AUUAAAAAUAUGAUGCUGCAAGUUAUUAUAAUUACAUUUUAAUGAAGUUAUGCCUGUCAUUAUUUAUCUCUUCAACUAAUCUCUUUAAAAGUAAAUUUGCGUUUCUGCUUAAGUUUCAGUAAAUUUGCGCAGCUUGUAGUUAUUAGAUACUGUAAAAUAACAUCAGUUAGAAAAGUAUGUCUUCGAAUGCUGAUUACAUACAAAUGCACUUGCGUGAAAAACCCGAUAACAACGGAAAAAUAUUGACGGAUUUAGAAAUUCUUGAAACGAAAUUUGAACCCGAAAUUUCGGGCUCAAAAAAGGCAAAAAGAAAAACUUUAUCGGAGUCCGCAAGUCAAUUACGCGACGCAACAGUUCCCCAAUUUGCCCGUGAACACAAAAUCGUCAAACUCAUUUGGCUCCUAAUUUAUAUUGGACUUUUCUUAACAUUCUCCUACUCAUUUUACGAAAUUACAACAAAAUACUUUAGUUAUCCAACUUUGAUCGAGAUUGAAAUUGUUUCCAAACCCAGGCUUGAGUUUCCAGCUGUAACCGUUUGCAAUGAGAAUCCGGUCAGAAAAUCUCUAAUUGGGAGGAUUAAAGAGUACAGCGACUUGCUUAUUCUGGACGACUAUGUCAAACAAUCGAUGUUGACGUUCGCACAAACUGCUUUUGAUGAAAUGGAGUAUACCAACUGUCAAGAAGGUUAUCAUCAAUGCAACAACACCCGUGUGUGUAUUCCUCCAGCUUGGAUUUGCAACCAAAUCGACAAUUGUGGCGACAACUCGGAUGAAUCAGACAUGCUCUACAACUGCACAGAAAAACUGAAAGAGCAAAAAUCAGAAGACUCAGACUAUGAAGGAGAGGGGGGAAAUAUAUGUGCGGAGGGGUUCUACAAGUGCCCAGAAGUCGAGCAGUGUGCGAUUGCGUGUGAUGGAAUACCAGAAUGCAUGAGUGGAGCUUUCGACGAGUCCGAAGAAGCAGGGUGCCAACCGAGUUCAUGUGGUGAGUACUUAAUAGCAACAGACCAACUUCAAAACUUCACCUCGCCAAAUUACCCUUUGGAUCACCCUCCGUUCUCAGACUGUGUUUGGAUCAUAGAUUCGAACAGCACCAGCAAACGAAUUAUGAUCACAUUCGAAGAUCUCGAUUUAGAACAAAGCUUUCAGGACGAUUGCGACGACUAUCUUGAGUUUUUCGACGGAAGCUCAACAAAAUCACAGCGGCUUAAAGUUAUGAAAGGAUUCAGAGUUUGCGGCUCAAAAAUGCCGAAUCCUGACUCAUAUUUGUCAAGUGACUCUGUAAUGAUUGUUAAAUUUCAUUCAGAUUCUACUCAGAACAAAAAAGGUUUCAUGCUUAGUUAUAAAAGUGUUCCGAAGAAAUCAAAACGACAUGUUGGCCCCGAGAUUAACAAUCAAAAAUCUACUCCAAAUCGCGACAACAGUCUAAAUCGAAUAGAAUCAAGUGACUUUCUAGAGAAAUCUCGAAAGAUGAAAGGUUUGUACAAGAAACAAGAUGACGAUGAAGAUAAAACGCUCAGAAAGGACCGUCAAAUGAUGACAAAAAACAAUGAACGGUUUCGAAGGAGCGAAGAUGUUCUAAACGUAACUGAACCUAUUGAUUACGACUAUGAUAGCGAUUACCAAGAAGAAAAUUAUGAUAACGGUGAUUACGAUACCAACAACGAUUAUAUUGAUACCAAUGAUUACGAUACCAACGGUGAUUAUAACGAUACUGAUGAUUACGAUACCAACGAUGAUUACAACGAUUACGAUUAUUAUCAUGAUUAUGAUUAUGAUUAUGAUUACGAUUACGAUUACGACUACGAUUACGAUUACUCGAGCGACCAGUAUUAUAAAUACACUUACGGCGACUUUUUCAAUUUAUACAAGGCAUCAGUAGUGCCUGACUAUUCUGAUUUCAAACGGGCUGCUUACUUUUACCAGCGUAUUGUAUACCCUAACGGUCAUCAAUUGAAUGACUUCAUUGUUCAGUGUACAUACGAUGGCAAAAGAUGUCUGAAAGAGGGAAAGGAUUUCUUGCAAUAUGAAGACCCACUGUAUGGUAAUUGUUUCAGUUUCAACUCAAUCAGGAGCCAGGAUGAUAACAAAACUCUCAGAAUGCGCAGCAGUAGCAAAACCGGCCACGAAUUUGGUCUGAAAUUGACUCUCUUCCUCGAUUACGCCGAGUACAUUGGUUUGUUUGCGCCAAACGUAGGAGCCAGAGUGUUAGUUCACGAUCCUCGAGUUCUACCCGACUUGCAAUCCGAAAGUUUCUCAGUUGCCGCCGGUGAGACCACAUUUAUAGCUGUGAAGAAAGAAGUUGUCGAAAGAAAAGGCGGUUAUUAUGACAAUUGUACCAAAACGUGGCCAAAAUCUCUAAAACUUUCAGAGGAAACUCAGAAAAAAUGGCCGGUUUAUACACAAGAAUCCUGUCUGAAAGUUUGUUUAACUAACAAUUUGGCCCUGGAAUGCGAAUGUACGGAUAGUUAUGAAACUGAUUAUAGUACUGACAGUAAUAUUAAUAAUAACUCUUGGUAUUACUGUCGCAAUACCAAUAGAAAAGAAAGUGAAUGUCGCAAAGGAAUUUACAAUGCGUUUCGUCAUCACAAUUUAACAUGUGAUUGUCCUGCGGCCUGCUACACGAGCGAGUUUUUAUUGACACAAUCUAGAUCGCCCUGGCCUUCUAAAAACUACAGCCCUUAUUUCGCAUCCAAAAUGCUGAAAUCGAACUCAAAUAGAGUCGUCUCCUAUAUGCGAAGUUUGAUUACAACAAAUAACAGUGAGAAGGCAAUGCAAGAAAGCUUCAAGGAAAACUUCGUUCGACUGGAAAUCUUCUAUGAGGCGCUCAAUUUCAGAAAAAUAUCGGAAUCAGCAGCUUAUGAUUUGUCAUCGCUGGUUUCAGACUUCGGCGGUAAUAUAGGUCUAUGGCUGGGUUGGAGUAUUUUUGCGCUUUUUGAGCUAGUAGAGUUUACUUUCCAUUGUUUCGAAGCCAUUUUGCAUAGAUAAUGAACUUUAAAGGAAAAUAUUUUAUUUUGAUAAAACUUUUAUUAUGAGUUUCAUUGUGUGUUUUUCAUAAUUUGUGUUACUCUAGUAAAUUUUUAAAGACUGUCUCAAAUUUGCGUACUUAUUCGAAA